AUGCGGUGGGGCCAGUGUCAGGAGGAGUUAGGGCAGUGUUUAGAAGAGAAAGAGCAGCUGCAGUUAGAGGUAGGCGCGGCGGUCGCGCGCGCCAUGGAGGAGCGACAGGAGUGGGUGGAGCGCGUGACGACCGUGGCGCGCGUGGGGAAGGAGGAGAUGCAGCGGCGCGUGGCGAAGCUCCUGGCGCAGCGGGACGAGGCAGAGCGGAGCGCCAGGGCCGCGGAGGGGAAGGAACCGCCUUCCCUGUCCUCUCGCCGUCCCCCCCUUACCACUCACCCUUCAGGAGCCCUUACGGCCGCCGGGACUACACGAGGUGGGACCGGUCCCGGCCGCGGUCAGACGGCUACGUGGAGCGAGACAGGCUCUCCGACUCUGUCGUCCUCUCCUCCUCCUCGGGGGGCGGCGGGGGAGGCACAAGCGCCGCCAGCGCCUCGUCCCACUACCCCUACUACGACCGCAGGGAAGGGACUUCUCGUGGUGGGAUUCCUCUUGGAACUCCUUAUAGAAACCCCUCUGCUCCCCUUUCUCUUCCCCGCUCUCCCCACACUCCCCUCCAACCCCCGUUCCCUAUUCCCCAGGAGCCCCUACGGCCGCCGGGACUACACGAGCCUGUCCCCGCCGUCGACCCAGCAGCAGAAGCAGCAGCAGGGGGGCGUGGGAGCAGCGGCGGGUGGGGCGGGAGGGGGAGGCGCGGGAGGUGGGCAUAAAGUUGGUGGGGGGGUUGCGGGGAGUGCGCCUGGGAGUGUGUAUGAUGAUAGAUCGUCUACGACGUAUGGGAGCAGUGUGCGGCGGUACAGCAGCGGUGCUUCGGCUAGUGGGUCGGUGAGGGGACGCGGAGGGUACGGGUAUGGAGGUGGGAUGGAUGGAGCAGGGUAUAACGAUCAAGGGUAUGCAGCAGCGGCGGCAGCAGCAGCCGGGCUUCCUGGGUGGUCGGCGGGAGGGAGGGAUGGGGAGAUCAGACCUGUUCCAGAGGGCAACGUGGAGGGCCAGGAUUGGCUGUCGGAUCAAUCGGGCGGCACGACUAUGGAUGAGGUGGACGAGGUGCUGAGACAGAUGGGGAUCUCGCCGGAUGAUACUGUGUGGAAUGGAGGGGAGGGGGAUGCGGGCGGGGGGAGGGAGAGGGGAGGGGAAGGGGGGUUGUCGCGGUAUGGGGACAGAGUGAGGGAGAAAGCGAGGGAACGGGCGCGAGUGGGGGGUGCGAGAGAGGGGAGGGAGAGCGAGGGGGAUUGGGGGAGGUUGAGUGUUGGCGGUGGGGGAACAGGAGGGGGAAGCAUUGCGUCAGGAAUGGGAGGAGGGGCGGGAGCAGGAGGCCUCGGGGGAGGAAGCGAGGGGAGAGGCGGUGAGGAUGGGUACAGUGAGGCGGACGGGAGUGUUGGUGGUGCGGCCUCCAGUGCGCUAACCGCGGCAGCGAGUGCUGGGUCGAGAACAGCGUUGAGACGGCUGGCAGCAAAGCGAGGGCAGUUACCGCCCAAGAACAGCCUGUCACCUGUGUCUCCCAACCAGGUGUUUCAGCAUGCAAGAGACACUGUCAUCCUGUACCAAUGA